UUUUCAAUCAUUUUUGUGAUUUGUUGUAGAAUGUCUUGAAAUUUUGGCUGGAUUUGGGUAUAGACGGAUUCCGCGUUGAUUCCGCUAUAUUUAUGUAUGAAGACCCAAAAUUACGGGAUGAGCCUAGAAGUUACGCGAAUGGUGCUACGCCACGAGAUUAUUCGUAUUUGGAUCAUAUUUACACCACGAAUUUAAUCGAGACUUAUGAAUUAUUUGGAGACUGGAAAAAAUUCGUGGACUUACAUUCUUUGAACAAUAAUGAGGAUGAGAAGCUUAUGGUAAUGGAGGCAUAUGCCGAUCCUGUACAUACCAUGCAAUAUUACGAUUACAACGU